AUGUCUCGACAGUGGGAAGUCAACAACCUCGUCAUCCGAGGAAAUGACCUCGUCCUCUUUGGCAACGGCCGCAUGCAAGUGGCGGUCAACAUCCUCAUCAGAGCAAUCCAUCCAACCACCCUGCAACCAGUCACUUUGACGGCUGCAGAGUUGUCAUCAAUUGAGCUGUGUGACUAUUACAACACCAGCGAAAAGCUGACCGGGGGAUGGACCUAUACGACUCAAGAAAACGAGUUUUCGCACAGCAUGCCGCCCGGCCGCAAAGACCCCGACGAGGAGGAGCCCGAAGCGGCUGACAAGGAGGAACCCGAAGCGGCCGACAAGAAGGAACCUGAAGCGGCUGAAGGUGAGCCUCGUGCAAACGACCAAGCGCAGCGGUACUGGGUUUCCACGACGAGGUUCGAGAGCAAAGACAUUGCUGCCCGUAUCAGGCAGCCAAACAAUGUUGUCAUCACAACCCGCACCGGCAACUUUGACACACGCGUAACCCUGCGAGGCGUCGUGCCCGUAAGCUACCACAUGGGCAAUGUCUCGUUCGAGAGGUACGACACGGCCAACGCCAGCAAUUGGGACCAGGACAAUUACUACCUCAGGAGCAACGUCCACAACUUCAAAAAGGUCGAUCGCUUCGGCCACCUGCCGGCUUCCUAUGCCGUCCAUGGCAUGCGGCACUCAAUCGGGCAUUACACCAACAGAGGCAGAAAGUUCAUUCGCUACAUCUGGGACAUGGGCCCGAGGACCACCGUCAGGGUAGGCUACACGCACCGGGCCGACGGGUCGUCAUAUCCGGGCGGCAAGACGGCCGACAUCGUCAUCCGAGAGCAGGCGCAUACCCUGUGCCUGACCAGAUUCAGGCUCGACAACGAGCCGACCAACCUUUACCCCAAUGGCUUCAUAUUUAAUACCUGGUUCAGGAUAUUUGACAUUUACGGGAACUCGGGUGAAUUUACCGUUGUCCCUAGCAGUGACAGGAAUACCAUGAGCCUCAGGAGCGGUGCAGCAAGGUUGGGUCCCGGGUCUGACGAACCCGACACCCAUCCAAAGGAGAAGGACGAUCCGUCUCCUGAAGAGACUGAAGAACCUGAAGCUAGUUAG